AUGGGCUCCCCAGCCCUCCUCACAUCAGCUGGUAUAGGGGGCCACCUUCCUCACAUGCCUGGGUGUCACCAGAGUAGCCUGGCUCUUUCAGGGGUUUACCAACAAGUCACCAACCUCCUGAACAUCGUGGAUGAAGAUGACCAGGAGGGCAGCGGUCUGAGCAGUCAAGAGGGUCACGGGUCCAAGAUGCGCAAGGCUUUGGCCAGCAUGAUCAUCAUCCAGAAAGCCAAUGCAGAGCCCUCGGAGGUCAUGACCGCACUCAUCCACAGCCUGCAGCUGGAGGAGAUCUCCAUCAAGCGGAAGGUCAGCAUCUACACCGUUCUCCAGGGCAUCAUCCAGCAGGAAGGGGAGCUGGACGAGGAGUGUGUGCAGACGCUGGUGAACCUCGCCUCCAGGGAAAUGCGGGAGAUCCAAGAGAUCGAGGGCUACCUACUGGCAGAGAUGGCCAGUGACACUUUGGUGGCUCUGUCCCGAAACCACUUUAACCUUGUCAUGUAUGAGCUGCAGCACCGUCUCAAACCCCUGAUCCUGACCGAUGAGUUUGUUCUCAUCACGUUGGCCAAUUUGGCCAAUGCUAAUGUAUUUGAGUUUAUGCCCUACAUGGGGAUCACACUGGCCACCAUCUUCACCAUGCUGAGACUGGCCAGAGGGGCCAAGAUGCGCCAGGUGUUCUGCAGUGCUAUGGAAACAUUUUGUGAGGCGAUCCAAUUUUACUUAAAGCACUGGGAGGACAGCGUGUACCCCAUCAUGACUGGAGAGCACUUCAUGAAUAAGCUUCUGCCCAUGUACCGCCAUUUUGUCACCGUGUGGCUCCGAAGUGAGAACACCGAGGUCAAGCUGGCCGUGAUCAAGUCCCUGCGCCCCAUGCUCAGCCUCCUCCUGCCCAUCGAGGAGCUGCGGGAGCAGGUGUAUGACUACAUCCCCCUGCUCUUGGCAGAGUACCAGGGCAGUGUGGAGGCCCUCUUCAUCACCCAGAUCCUGAGGCAGAUCCUGGAGGUCUCUGUCUCCAGCAACACGCCAGUCCCCAAAAUGCAGCUUCACACCAUCUUUACUGAGCUGCACUUCCAGGUCUGUUCCAAGGCUCCUGCCCUCCAGCAGUUCAGCAGUGAGAACCUGGCCGAGGUUGUCCAAUGCUUCAUUGCUCUGGCCCGCUCUUACCCUGAUGAGAUGAUGAAAUUCUUCUGUAACCAAAUGCAGACGGGGAAGGAGGCCAUCCGCGUGGGGACACUGACCCUGCUCCGGGCCGUCCUCAGUGCUGACGUGCCAGAGGUGAACAGCAGGACCCUGCACUCCGUUGUCAAGGUGGUUAGAAAUGCCCUUUGUGACCCCCGAGCUAAGGUGAAGCUGGCCAUUCUCCGGGUCAUUGGCCAGCUGGCCAUCUCUGGUUACCAGGAAAGGGUCAGAGGCUGGGGCCUAAGAUAUGUCUCCCUGCAACUUAUAUUAUCUACCUACAGGCUGAUGAAUAGUCAGGAGAGCUGUUCUCAGGCUGAUCUGGAAGAGAAGAUGGUUCAUAAGGUCACCAUGGACACCGUGAGGAUCAUCACGGCCUCUGUCAGUGGGGUGAUCAAUGAAUUUUGGCUGAAACUCUUGGGUUACAUCAUGGAGACAGAAUACACGGAGGCCCUCACCCCCAUCUGCAACAGCCUGACCAACCUGGCCGAGCGUCAGCGCCAGCAAAAAGAAUCCAACACGAAUGUGGGCAGACGCGGACAAGUGGAACUCCCUGCUCCUCAGAAGCUGCUGGCCCGGCUCCUGGUGCUUCUCUCGGCCCCUUACAAGGGAGAGGGCCGCGGGGUGGCCAUGCUGCAGCUGCUCAAGACCCUGCACCAGAGCAUUGCCCCCUCCAUGGCGGACCUAUGGGAAAUUGAGAUUCCUGCUCUGAUUCAGUACCUGGAAGAGCACACACAGUAUACGUGGAACCAAAAGACCUGGGAGGACAAGCUGAUCCAGUUCCUGAGGAUCUCCCUCAAGAGGACGCAGGGGACCACGUGGAGCCUGCGGCUGAGUAGCGAGCUGAACCGCCAGAUCGUCAGCUACGAGAGCCCCUCGGUGGAGAAGGCCUUCCUGUACCGGGCGCUGGGCUUCACAUUGGCCGCGGGGCAGGAGGCUGACAAGGUGGAGACCCAGCUCAUGGAGCUGCUGCACAAGACAGAUUAUGGCAACGACUUUGACCGGGAGGGGGUGAUCCUUUGCUUGGGACUCUGCGCCAGGGGUCAGGUGGUCACCGUGCUCCAUGUGCUCCAGGAGUUUGAAGAGAAAAUUCAGGAGACAGAGGAUUCCUGGCACAUCAGCGCCUGGAGGAGUGACCACCCCUGGAGGAGGGAGGUGGUGAAGAGUGCCCUCAUGGUGAUGUACAGCAGUGUGGCUGCUCACUGCCACCCAAGAAUGCUCCUGUCCUGCGUGGAAGGAGACAUCACCAGGAAGAUCCUGCAUCACUAUGCUACCAGCUGCCAGGAUGUUUCUCUGAAGCUAGCCUUUGUCCAGAGCAUCAGUCAGAUCUGUCUGGCCAUCCAGGCCUUGGGCAAGGUUGACUUUGACUAUACCUACAAACCAGAGCUCACCGCUAACCUCAUGGUGAUCCUCAAGACAGAGCCGCUGGACACUCUGGUGUAUCCUGUGCGCUGCCUGACAAUGAAUGCGCUCUGGCACCUCAGCAAACUAAGGCCUCCUUUCACCCUUGAGGAAAACCACGAGUUGAUGGACAGGAGUGUCCAGUGUGUAUUCCCUCUCCCUCCUCCAGGAGAGGACAGUGAACAGGUCAAGACAUUGUACGAGAACUCCAUGAAUGCCCUGAUGAGGCUGAUGCAAAGCCUCCUGGAAAGAGAGCUGGACCCCAAGGGCCUCCAAGAGGCGUUCCACCUCCUUGAGAAGUGGUUACACUCAGAGAAGGACUGGGAGCGAGAGAGAGCAGUCAUGUUGAGCCUUCACCUCCUGCAGGUUUAUAGGGAGGGCGUCACCAUCCUGAUACCUUUGAAAUCUGGCCAGUUUGGCACUCUGAUCGGACUCCUGGCUCCACAUACCUGUGACUCCCAAGUGAGGAUACGUCAGUCCACCAUUGAUGUCAUCUGCUGCCUUUUAGACCUCCAGGUAUCCCGGCCCUGGUCCAUCCGGGACACGGUGAUGGAGAAGCUGCUGCUGGACGUCAAAGAUGACCUGAAGACGACCGACAUGGAGAAGAUUUACUCCCUGUCCUCCAAAAUCGCCAAGGUGAUUAGCAAGGAAGUGCGAUGGGAGGAGCUGGUCAUCCUUCUGCAGAGCACCUGUGAGAGCCUGGGGGCCACCAACCUCGCCCACGACAAGGCUGCCGUCCUCUGGCUCAACACCAUUCUCAGGCUGCGAGGCCAUGAGCUGGAAGACAAGGUGCCAGAGAUCUUGAGCACCAUCUUGGCAUAUCUGCCCUCCGUGCUUCAUCCAGACGUGCGGCGCCCGCUGGUGAAAGCUGUCCUCUGGCUGGCUCACUCCUACCAGGAGACAGUCAUUACUUCCCUCCUGAGGCAGCCACUGCCUCUGGACAGCAACAUCACCGAGUUGUGGGAAGCACUGGCAGAAGAUUCUACCUUUGCUCGAAAAAUCCUUCAGGCCCUGAUGGCCAGAAUCCAGGCAAAGAAAGCUCCCAGGAGCAGCCCGACCUCCAAAAAGGACGUCUGGCGCCUGGCUGCUGUGGACCCCAUUACGGUGAGCCAGUGCGGAGGAUUGGAGCUGCUCCGCUGGGGUGGGGGUGGAAGCUGCACAGCCCUGGGUCGGGGAGGGGGGCUCGGAGCUGCUCCGCUGGGCUGCUCCUCGCUCAUGUGUGACCCAGUCCUCUGCAGGAAGAUGCUGAAGUCCACAGUUCCUAAGCUGGCCAAGGGGGCCAGCCACGUCCACAGCACUCUGCGCCUGCUGUCCAUACGGGCCCUGGGCAACCUGGCCAUCGGGGCUCCCAGCAAGGUGAAACGCUACCAGAAGCUGCUCCUGAAAAAGUUCCUCUGCUCUCUCAGUGACCCCAUCAGCACCCAGGUGAUCUCAGAGACCAUGGUGGCGCUGACCAAGGUGCUGGGGCUGAUGGCCGAGGAGGACUUGGGCUCUUCCUUUGAGGUCAUCUCCGUGCAGUGCAGGGCCUUCUUUGACGACGAGAACGAGACGCUUCGCUUGCAGGCCAUCAUCCUGUUUGGGAAGCUCGCCAUCUGGGCUGGGAAGAAGAGGGACUUCUUCAAAAUGGAGGUCAGGAAGAGCUGGAUCCCUCUGAUUCUCCACCUGGAGGACCCCUGCCCAGAAGUGGCCAAGGCCUGUGAAGCCACCAUUUGCCUGUGCAUUCCUUUCUGGGGCUGGAGGAGACUGCAAAUCACCCUAGAGAAGUUUGUUAAUGAAGGCAUUGACUUGAGCCUCUUCCAAAUGGAAAUGUGCAGUUACUUGACAGCCUGGCUCCUUCCUCCACCAGUGCAGGCCACGGCCCCUCCGUGGCUUACAAGGGGGUCUUUGCAGGCUGCUCUGGCCCCCCAGGGCUUGCUCUGGAACCCUGCUGGUUGCUGUGAAGUGCCCAGAGCCCAGCCUCUGAGACUGCCUGGCCAGAUGCUUCCCUUCAUGGGACACCCGCUGGAGGGGCUGAGGGAGGGAUUGUGGCCAGGGCUCGAGGCAUUCCAGGUUCUCCUGUGCAAACAACUGGACAUUGUCUUUUACUUCAUCCAGGCCAGGAAAGACCCUGUCCUCUUGGACACAUUUUGUGCAGAAGCCAUUGGCUACUACGACAGCGAGUGGGCCAGGAUUAAGGCGGCUGCCUGCACCUUUACAGGGUACAUUCUGGAGCAGGUGGUUCCCCAGAACCUCGGAGAGAUGGAUUUGGAACGCCUGGGUCAGUGUCUCCAAGCACUACAGAUGGACCCUGAGCCCAUUGUCCAGAAUGCUGCAAAGGAGACCCUUUCUCUUCUUCAGGGCAGGGAGCUAGAGAAAAGUGAGAAUAUGCCUGUGGCCCUGGAGGAAAACCUUGCCCCCUCAGAGCCGUAG